GCCACAAACAGCUGGAGCAGAGACAGAAACGCAGCUCGCGGAACUUUGUUCUCCUGACUUUUUUUUUGGCAUCAUGUGGGCGCGAGCUGUGCUGCUCGCGGCGCUGCUGUCCGCGCUUUGCCCGACGGGAAGUACGGAAGCCGAGAGGGACGAGAGGGACGUCCAGGACUACGGCUACUCCAACUCCAACAGACUGCUGGGAGCUCUGCAUGAGGUUCUGGAGAAGCUUCAGACGAAGAGGAUCAAUCCGUGGGAGAAGAAGUACGGACAAGUUCCCUCAUGUGACCUGGGAGAACACUGCGCGGUGAGGAAAGGUUCUCGUAUCGGGAAGAUGUGCGAUUGUCCUCGAGGAGCUUUCUGUAACUUCUUCCUGCUGAAGUGCUUAUGAGCCAAUCAGAGCUUGUGUGAAGUAGCUUUAGAGGAGUUAAUCCUUCAUGAAUAUUCAUUGGUGCAUUAAAGGCGUUUUAUCUGAAAACUCUUUGAUUUAUUAAAAUCAUGUUUGAAAUAUUAAACAGGUUUUAUAAUUAUACACGACUCAUUUACAUAUUUAUAAACUGGGAGAAAAAAGUGUUUUUGCUUGUGCUUUAGUCAUUAUUGAACUAGUGCUGGGCAAGUUAACACAUUAUCGCGUUAACGCAGUUUUUUAUUUAUUAUUAAACGAC